AUGAGGUUGUUAUUGAUCUCGUUCAUUCUUGCUGUUGCACUUGCAGGUUCCGCUUCUCAAUGGCAGUCGAGGACAAUUUAUCAGCUCCUUACUGAUAGAUUUGCCAGAAAUAACGGAGACACUAGCGGUUGUGGGAAUUUACUCCCUUGUGAGCGAUAAUUUUUUUAGAAUUUGAAGAGCUAUACAAUUUUUGGUUUUAGAAAUCACAAUUGCAAAUAUUUGUAAAUGAAAACUAUUUCAACUUGUAAAAAUUUCUUUUUAAGAAUACGGGCUGUCUUAAAUUUCAUAGAAUUAACUGGGAAUCUUAUUAUAAAAACUGUUGGCUAUAUAAAUCUUGUUUAUAAGAAAAAAUUUAUAUAAUCAAUUUAUGCUCGCUCUUAAAAUGGGAAUAAUUUACAAAAUAUAAUGCUUUGAUAACUUGAGGGAGAGUGAGGCAAUUAUUGUGGUGGUGGCUGGGUUGGAAUUAUGAACAACCUUGAUUAUAUUCAGAACAUGGGCUUUGAUGCCAUAUGGCUUUCUCCAGUUGUCGCAAAUACAGAUGGUGGGUACCAUGGCUAUUGGGCCCAAGACUUCUUUUCCUUGAAUUCUCAUUUUGGAAGUGAGCAGGACUUUAUUAACUUAGUCAGUGCCAUGCACUCAAGAGGCAUGUGGGUCAUGCUUGAUGUCGUCGCAAACCAUGUUGGCCCUGUAGGCCUUAAUAAUGUUGGGUCCAUCAACCCAUUUAACCAACAGUCAUAUUACCAUCCAUAUUGCCAAAUUGACUGAAAUAACCAAUGGAGCAUUGAAAACUGUUGGCUUGCUGAUCUUCCCGACUUAAACCAGACAGUCCCAUACGUCAAAGACCAGCUAUUAAACUGGGUGCAAUGGAUUGUAACCAAAUACAAUCUUGACGGACUCAGAAUUGACACUUGUAUGGAAGUCCCAACUUGGUUCUGGUCAUUGUUUUCUCAAGCAAGCGGAGUAUAUACAGUAUGCGAGGUCGAUAAUGGUAGCAUCAAUGUAAAUGCUGGAUACCAAGGACCUACUGAUGCCACUCUAAAUUACCCGAUGUUUUGGCUUAUUAAAGACUUGUUCCAAAGCGGACAAUCUUUCUAUAAAGUGAGAGACUUCAAGAGCCAAGAAGAAAGUGCCUUCAAAAACGUCAAUUUAUUAGGAAACUUCGUGGAUAAUCAUGACAAUCCAAGAUUCCUAUACAACUAUUACAAGAUUAACAGGUUCCAAAAUGCCAUUGCCUGGAGCAUGACUUGGACUGGCAUCCCUAUUCUCUACUACGGAGACGAGCAAGGCUAUGCUGGUGGAAAUGAUCCUUAUAAUAGAGAAAUCCUUUGGACUAACUUGCAGAAUACCAAUUCUCAGAUGUACCAGUUUGUUUCUAAGGUUGUUCACUAUAGAAAGAACAAUCAAAUUUGGAAUUAUCCAGUGAUUGAAAGGUAUGUGGAUACCAACUUCUAUUGCUUUACUAGAGGGAUGGCAAUGAUGGCUUUCAGUAAUACUGAUAACAACUUGUCCUAUACAGUUUCUUAUCAUCCUUAUAAGGUUGGUGACAAGCUUUGCAAUAUUUUCUGGGCCAGCGAUUGUGUGACUGUGACAAGUAGCGGAGUUCCAGUUUAUCUUUCGCAAGGUGAAGUCAAGCUUUACCAGCUCUCAAAUUAA